AUGUCCGGUGAAACAAUGGAUCUGGUUCUCGCGGAUGAACAUGUAAGGUACAAAAAUGCAUGCUGGAAUCAAGAAGAAGGAUAUAGGCCGCUUAUCAAAGCUUCUGGUCGUUGGGAAUGGAAAGUGUUGGAGAACUUUCAGGUAUCUCCUGCAACUGGGCUAUUUCGACCAACUCCAAGCAACUGGAAGAUUGGGUUGUCCAUGAACACAAUCGUUACCAAAUGCACCAUCAAAGAAGAAGACAUGUUCCUUUCUUUGGUACCUAUCCAGACGAUCCUAGAUGGUGAUUUGAAUCACAAUUUCUUGAUUGAUGUCAUUGGACAGGUUCUUGAUGUGAGUGAGAUCAAAACUGUCCCCUGUGAUCUGCAAGUCACUAAUGCUUACGAUGCAUAUAAGCUUAUCAUCAACCCUAUUUGCGAAGAAGCAGAUGCUUUCAGGAUUGGCUUGCCAGAUGACGGUGCGAUUGUUGUCAUCCAAGAGGAUGAUGAAGAGGCUGAGAAGCAAAGGAUAAAGGAGCAGGAAGAUGCGUGGACUGGCGUUGGAAAUGAAAUCUGUGUAUGA